UGGCGGCCCCCGAGGCGGGGAGCGCGGCGGAUUUUGAGGUGAGGAGGAGGACAGAGAGGCGGGGAAAGACGCGCAAAGCCGACGUGGGAGGAAAGCUGCGGAAGCCUCUUCCACCCUGGAAGAGGGUGGGGAAGCGGGGAGACAAUCAGCACCGCACGGUUCGGGAGAAAUACUUGGAGAGGUACCAGGAGCACUGCCGGGAGCGCAGGCUGAAGGUGAAGGCCAAGGGCAGGGCGCAGGGCGAGAGCAAGCUGGAGAAGAAGCCUAAUUGGGUGAAGCUCCCGAGACUGGAGGAGACCGAGAAGGAAGACCCCAAAAAAGAGGGGGAGAAAAUCCGGCGGCCCACGAUCAGAUUCAGUAUCUUCCCACAAAGUCUCAGCCAGUCGGUGGGUCCGGCUCUCUCCGCCUCGCAGUGGCGCCUCAAGCGCCGCGCCUCCACCGUCAGUGUCAUUAACGAGCUGGCGAAGAUGGGCGACCCGGAUGUGCUGGAAAUGGUGCAGGAGCAAGAUAAAAUCGUCAGAGACACAGACUUUAGUACUCAAAUGAGUGAGAGCUUAAGCAGCCGGGAGACCAGCUUUCUUAUCUCCGAAGAACAUUUGUUUAAAAAAGAUGAACAAAGCAAAGAUUCUAUCUUCUUCCGAGACGGAAUAAGGCAGAUUGAUUUUGUGCUUUCCUAUGUUGAUGACCUAAAGAAGGAAACAGAUGUAAAGUCAGAAAGAAGAAAAGAGUUUGAACAAAAUCUCAGAAAAACAGGUCUUGAGUUGGAAAUUGAAGACAAAAUGAACUCUGAAGAUGGAAGAACUUAUUUUGUCAAGAUCCAUGCCCCUUGGGAGGUAUUAGUUACUUACGCUGAAGUGCUGGGAAUGAAAAUGCCUAUUAAAGAGAGUGAUAUUCCCCGAGUCCGGAACAUGCCCUUUAAAUAUGUGCUUGACCCUGUGAAGCUACCAAGGAAUGUGAAGUAUCCUAAACCAGAUUAUUUUACUGCCCAAUUCAGCAGACAUCGGCAGGAACUCUUCCUCAUUGAAGACAAGAACAGCUUCUUCCCAUCCUCGUCAAGAAACAGAAUUGUUUAUUAUAUUCUCUCACGGUGUCCUUUUGGCAUGGAAGAUGGGAAGAAAAGAUUUGGGAUUGAAAGACUACUAAGUUCUAACACUUAUUCAUCUGCGUAUCCACUCCAUGAUGGUCAAUAUUGGAAGCCUUCAGAACCUCCUAAUCCUGUCAAUGAAAGAUAUACACUUUCCCAGAAUUGGGCUAGUCUUUCCUAUUUUUAUAAGGAGCAGCCUUUAAAUUUGAUUAGGAAUUAUUAUGGAGAAAAAAUUGGCAUCUAUUUUGUCUUCCUUGGAUUUUACACGGAAAUGCUCUCCUUUGCCGCUGUGGUUGGCUUAGCUUGCUUUAUUUAUGGUUUAUUUUCAAUGAAUAGAAACUUAAGCAGCAAUGAAAUCUGUGACCCUGAAGUUGGAGGUCAGAUUAUCAUGUGCCCACUCUGUGAUCUAGUGUGUGAUUAUUGGAGAUUAAAUACUACAUGUUUGGCUUCAAAGUUCUCCCAUUUAUUUGAUAAUGAGUCAACAGUGUUCUUUGCAAUAUUCAUGGGAAUUUGGGUCACAUUGUUUUUGGAAUUUUGGAAACAGCGGCAAGCCAAGUUGGAAUAUGAGUGGGACCUGGUGGACUUUGAAGAGGAACAGCAGCAGCUUCAGCUGAGACCUGAAUUUGAGGCUAUGUGUAAACACAGGAAAAUGAAUGCAGUGACUCAGGAGAUGGAACCUCACAUGCCUCUCUGUAAUCGUAUCCAGUGGUACCUUUUAUCAGGAGCUACAGUGACCUUGUGGAUGGCCCUUGUCAUUGCGUGUAUGGUAGCCGUGAUUGUAUACCGUCUGUCAGUCUUUGCUACGUUUGCCAGCUUCAUGGAAAGUGAUGAGUCCUUGCAGCAGGUCAGACGUUUCCUCACUCCCCAGUUAACCACAUCACUCACUGGAUCAUGCCUGAACUUUAUUGUCAUUUUGAUCCUGAAUUUCUUUUAUGAAAAGAUAUCUGCAUGGAUUACAAAAAUGGAGCUUCCUCGAACUUACCAGGAAUAUGAGAGCAGUCUCACCUUGAAAAUGUUCCUGUUUCAGUUUGUCAACUUUUAUUCAUCCUGCUUCUAUGUAGCUUUCUUUAAAGGGAAGUUUGUGGGCUAUCCUGGAAAAUACACAUAUUUGUUUAAUGUAUGGAGAAAUGAAGAGUGUGAUACUGGAGGCUGCCUAAUAGAGCUGACAACUCAGCUGACUAUCAUAAUGACUGGCAAGCAGAUCUUUGGAAACAUAAAAGAAGCUAUUUAUCCCAUGAUGCUGAACUGGUGGAGACGCCGAAAAGCUCGAACCAAUUCUGAAAAGCUGUAUAGUCGAUGGGAGCAGGAUAAUGACCUUGAAUGUUUUGGAUCUCUUGCACUUUUCUAUGAGUACUUGGAAACAGUGAUCCAAUUUGGAUUUGUUACAUUAUUUGUGGCCUCCUUUCCUCUGGCUCCUCUUCUUGCUCUCUUGAAUAAUAUUAUAGAGAUCCGAGUGGAUGCCUGGAAACUUACUACUCAGUACAGGAGACCUGUAGCGGCUAAAGCCCAUAGCAUAGGUGUUUGGCAAGACAUUCUUAAUGGAAUGGCUAUCCUUUCUGUUGCGACUAAUGCUUUUAUUGUUGCAUUUACAUCGGACAUCAUUCACCGCUUAGUUUACUACUAUGCCUAUUCAACAAAUACCAGCGAACCUAUGAAAGGAUAUGUCAAUAACAGCCUGUCAGUAUUCCUGAUAGCUGAUUUUCCUGAACGCAGUGCACCUACAGGGAAACGAGAUUUCACUACUUGCAGGUAUAGAGAUUACAGAUAUCCUCCUGAUCACGAUCAGAAAUAUUUUCAUAAUAUGCAGUUCUGGCACGUCCUUGCUGCCAAGAUGACCUUCAUCAUAGUUAUGGAACACAUUGUGUUUUUAGUCAAAUUUUUGUUGGCCUGGAUGAUCCCUGAUGUUCCAAAAGAUGUUCGGGACAGAAUCAAGAGAGAAAAGUUAACGACCAUCAAGAUUCUCCAUGACUUUGAGCUUAACAAAUUAAAAGAGAACUUGAACGUUAGUUCUGCUGAAUUUGACAAGGCAGUCAUGAUUCAGGAAAACAGUGUCCAACUGAGUCAAUCAGUGCUGUAUUCAUCAUCAUGAGCAAGGAGCUGGCUGCCUAUCUGGCAUCACAGUCUUCCUUGAGUUUAGGGCCAGAGGCCAGUAGCCUUGUGUCAAUUUCUUUUUUAACUCAAAGUUUUUUACACUUUUAUAGAGGCCGAUUUUGUAGAGUUGAAAGAGUAUGACUUUUCUGUUGUCUUGGCUAGAACCUCCCCAGGCAUUGCUUCCCGGGGUUCUAUAAAUGAUUGUUAAGAGUUUAUGUGGAAACAGAAUAUUGGAAAAUCAUGGAGUGUUGCAGUUUAGAAUGAAACAUCACUUGAGCCAUCCUAUCAUCUUCCAGUGAGUCUGCACAUUCUCAUGGUCUUCUAUUGGGGUGGUGUAUGUUUCCUUCCCACUAAGGAAAACAUUGGGGCAAAAAGAAAUAAGAGGCCUAUUAAGUCAUAUAUUUCCUGCCAUUUUAGACCAUGCAAAUUGAAAAACUAAAAUCAGAUGACAUGAGAAAAUUCACACAUUAAAAAUAUUGGAUAACUAUCAUGGUAGGGGCUUAUUCCUGAAAUUAUCCAGAAUAAGUUAAACUUCUAUCUGAAUCCCAGACAAUCUUUCCAGGUAAAUGCAAAAUUGAUUUUUUAUGAUACUAAAUAGUUGGGUUUCAACAAAAAAAACUAAUGAUUCAGAUUUUUAAAGAUAAUUUUGGUAAUUCCGGUAUCAAGACUGGAUUGUCUUCACUGAAAAACAGUAUGAAGAAGUUGUUAUCUUGCUACAAGUCUUUAAGUAAAUGAAAGAUAUAGAAAGAAAAUAUGUUUUCUUAGUAGUAAACAAGUACAAAACAAUGAAUAUUGAGUAAUUUAUUGACCUGAAUCUAAAAAAAUCGUUGAAUUACUUUUUAAAAUUCCUUUUUCUUCUACAAUGCCUAUUUUGUAUCAUGAAACCUGUUUGAGCAUUAGCUAUUUGUAUGUUAUGUGCAGGUUGUUUGUGAAAUUUGCUUCUGUUUAAAACUAUCUUAAAUCUUUUAAUGAGUUUACAAUCUUUUAUUUUGAUACAUCUCUUCAUGCAUUGUUCAGCGCCUUGUUCCUCUGCCUGUGACACAGAAGAAAUGCUGCUGCCUCAUAGUUGAUUUAAUGUGAUGGAACUCAAAAGUGAGACUGUUUUAGAGAAAUUGUCAUUUUAUCAUGAGUCAGAAUUUAGCACCAAAAAUGGAUCAAUCAAGUGAGAGAAUUAGGUGAUGAAAACACAAUAUUCAUUGAAUCAUUUCUUUCAUACUUAGGCCCAUGGUCACGUAUGCCAGUUCUGUCUUCUUUAAAAAAAUUGCUUCAUAUAUAGUUUAACACUACAGAGUGAGAAAUACAGUUCAGUAAUAUAGUAUUUGAAUCUCUGGUUUCAAAUCACACUUCAGUUCCAAAAGAAGGAACACACAAAAGAGUAAACUCUUAGAAGAUUUUUGUCUCAAGAAGUCAUGAUUCAUUUUUUUUUAAGAUUUAUUUAUUUAUUUAUUUAUUUAUACAAGAACCCAGGGUACAGGCCAGAUGCGCGGGAGGGUGAAAGGAUUCACCAGAGACAGAGCAGGGAACAGAACAGGCAGACUGAAGAAAUACACUGCUGAGGGGAGCAGCAGAAGAGACAGGAGAGGUCUGCUGCACAAUGUGGGACCCUCGCCAGUCGGCCAGGAUUGAACUGGCGCUGCAGAGGCCACGGACAGCUUCACAGCGCAAUGCUCAACUGCCUGCGCCACCAGGGGAGGACCUCAUGAUUCAUUUUUUGAUGCUCAUAUAUUUUUGUGGAAAUGCUAGUGGAUGGCAGGUAAUAAGUACUAACUAACAAUAUUAAGCACUUAGAAGUGAGGAUUAUGAAUUUUAUCAAACCAUGGGACAGUUACCCUAAUACUGACAAUAAUGGCUUAUCAUUCGCUGGGUGGAUUUUAUGAACGUAUUCACCUACCUUGACAUGCUCUCAUUAUUGAAGAAUAAUUCACGUGUGGAGGAAAUGUAUUUCUUGAUUGAGGGAACCAAUCAGUGUUGCUAUGAAAUAAGCCACAGAUGCAGCAUCUUUGCCUUUUCAAAUCUGUGUUACUAUAAUGUUGCACAUUAUACACAGCUCAUAUUGCUACCUUCCUGGGUGCUAAUAAAAAUAAGGAAAAGCAUGGAAAUGGGUUUCUUGAAUAUAAUCUUUUAAUUUGUAUGGCUUAACAGGUAUUUAUAAAUUCCAAGAUAAAGACAAAUUUAAUUCAAACUUAUUUGUGCACUGCAAACUUAAACCAACUCAAGUAUCAGAGAACGAAGAAGUAUGGGGAAACUAGCAAUACAGGAAAUUUAUUUUUAAUUGAGGUUAUGUUGUUUU